CGCGAGUCCAUGGCCAUGUUGUGGAAAGAAGUCACAGUAGGAUCAAUACGCGCAUUUCGCGUUGUAAUACCCCGACCGCAGGACCGCGUUCCAAUAACGUGGUCAACCGCCCCACAACUACUCAGCUUAUAUCUGCCCAUCGUCUUUCUCGCUUUCCUUGCGAGACGGAAAGACACACAUGCGAUCCGCCUCCUGCUCCUCCCGACUGUUAUCACCUCAGCCCUCAUGUCGGGCUUCCGCUUCACUGCCAACGUGCCCCAACUAAAUGUGUAUGACUGGGGCUUGGCUCUAUUGGCUGAAGUCAUCAUAGCCAAAAGCCUGCAGUAUGCCUUCACUAAAGAGGGAAUGUUAAAGCUCGGGGAGCAGCGACCUGGCGAGCAGAAAGGCAAAGAAGUCGCGAAUGGGCAUCAUGAACGAGAAACACGGUCGCCCUCGAUUUUCCCCGCAUGGAUCUCCGAUGCUGCCGAACUCAUUCAUACGAUGCGUGGGCCACACUGGAAAUUCGCCCAAGGAACUUAUAUUCCUCCACACACGCGUCCGCUAGAGCGACACGCGUUCCUUCGCGCUACAGCCACCUCAUUUCUAACCAACUUCCUAUUACUCGACUUGCUAGAGUCUGCCAUAAAGAUAUUCCCCGGGGUUGGAGAGACUAAAGGUGGCUCGAUCUUUUACGCGGAACUACCAAUUGUCCCUCGUUAUGUUGUUUCAACCACUAUUCACAUCCUGACUGGUAGCGCCAUGCUUGCCGGUUUCGGGAUGGUCUACGACUUGUUUACCUUCGUUGGCGUGUUGAUUUUCAACACCCCGCCUUCUGCUUGGCCACCGGGAAUCGGUGACCCGUGGCGUGCAAGCUCUCUCCAUGAGCUCUGGAGCCGUCAAUGGCAACAAUGGCUACGCGGGACAUUCCUCGUUUAUGGCGGAUAUCCGGGCCGCUGGAUUGCCGGCGACCUCGGCUUUGUAUUUGGCACCUUUUUGGCUUCUGGCCUCUAUCACGAACUUGCGGCGUAUGCGUUGGGUCGAGGUAUUGACCACACGGUCACGUUCUUCUUCUUUUUACAGGGGCCGUUAAUUGUUGCUGAACGUAUAUGGCGUAUUGCUACAGGCAAACGCGUCGGAGGACGAUGGGGUACCCUCUGGGUCUACCUAGUAAUAUUUGGUGCUGGCCAAAUGCUGGUCAACUCCUGGAUGAUCCGGGGGUUCGGAGGCGGAAUGGUGAUUCCGCCAGUCUUGAGCCCCGUUCGUCUUAGUCUCGCAGCUCUCGGAUUUGGAAGGCGCCAUUAG